GUUCGCUCCUUUCGGCAAAGUGAGCGAGUGCAUUAAUCGCUGUGUGAAGAUGGCGGAGUCGUAUGGGAUGCGAUGAAGCGGCUUUAUAAACUUCCAGUUUUGAAAACAUUUUAAAAUCCAGGCGCGUUUCAUAAGACCUAAGACUUCGGCACAAUAUAUCUGGUGAGCAAUUCUCUACACAAGCUCUGCUUAAGGCACAGAGGAGCCCCCGCCGUGGAAGACGGACCAGACCAGAGGGUUGUUUCCCAUGGCAACCAGGAAGCUCUGAAAAAUCUGAUCGAAAGUGAAGGUGCGUGACCGGCCCUCUUCUCCAGGAAUGACCAGACCGGGGGGCACUUGAGGGUGGCUGUCCUCGGGAGAGUUCCAGAACAGAAGACACUGCGACCGCUCCCUUGACGGGGCCACGCUCUGGACUCCAGCUAGGAGCGACGGGGGAAGCCAAGGACCGUCGUCUACUGUCCACGCGUGCGAGCGUUCGUGAACGUUUGCGUGUCGCUGAGAGAAAGGGAGAAGGUGAGAGGAAGAGGAUGAAGUAAUGGUGGAAAAGGAGAUCUGAGGGUUGGGGAAGAAGGAAGAAGUGACAGUUGAAUCAGGGGGAGGGGCUGAGAGAAAGAAAUAACAGUGAGAUACAGAGAGAGAUAGCGAGUGAGAAAGAGAGAUAGCCCGGAGGCAGAAGCUAAGCAACAGUUUGCACUUGUGAGAGAGCGGGGAGGCGGAGCAAGAGGGAACAGUGGGCGUGUCCCUAAGGGGGCUAUGGGGGCCAUGGUCACCUAAGGCCAAUGGCUGGUCCUGGGCGGAACUUGGUGCCAGCGGCUACCCCACUCUCUGCCUCAACUCCACCCUUCUCUUUCUCCUCCGCCUGUGUUGGCCGCCUCCCCGGCCCCGCCCCUCCCCCGCCCCCGCCGCCAUGGCGGGCGUGUGGAAGCUGGGGCGGAGCCUGCGGCAGCCGGAGCUGCACCGCCUGGUCCUGGCGCUGAUCGUCUUCUGCCUGGUCUCCAUGGCGCUGCUGGCCUACUACGUCAGCAGCAGCCCCAAAAUCAAGGAGGCGCCCCCUCUGCCGCUCAGCGACUGCGGGGCGGGGUCGGCGGCAGCGGGGGCCCCCCGGGGGCCCUUCUUCCUGCCGCCGCGGUCCGGCCGCCGUCCCGCCGCCAAGGCCGGGGACGUCCCGCGCACAGACCCCGCCGUGCUGGUGUUUGUGGAGAGCACCUACUCCCAGCUGGGCCAGGAGAUCGUGGCCGUCCUGGAGUCCAGCCGCUUCCGCUACCGCACCGAGAUCGCCCCGGGGAAGGGCGACAUGCCCACCCUGGCCGGCCGCGACCGGGGACGCUACGCCCUGGUGGUCUACGAGAACAUCCUGAAGUACGUCAACCUGGACUCCUGGAACCGCGACCUGCUGGACAAGUACUGCAUCGAGUACGGUGUGGGCAUCCUGGGCUUCUUCAAGGCCAGUGAGAACUCGCUGCACAAUGCCCAGCUCAAGGGCUUCCCGCUGCUCCUCAACUCCAACCUGGCCCUGCAGGACUACCGCAUAAACUCUGCCACCCCGCUGCUCUACAUCACCCGCCCAAACCUCGUAGACCCGGGCCCCCUGCCCGGUAACGACUGGACCGGUUUCCAGUCCAACCACAGCACCUAUGAGCCGGUGCUCCUAGCCAGCGCCCAGUCCUCGGAGCCUCCGGGCCAGCAGGGGGCGACGCACGCCACUGUCAUCCAGGACCUGGGCCUCCUGGACGGCAUCCACAGGGUGUUCUUUGGAAACAACCUCUCAUUUUGGCUCCACAAGCUUAUCUUUGUGGACUCCAUCGCCUACCUGACAGGCAGGCGGCUCUGCCUGCCAAUGGAGCGCUACCUGCUGGUGGACGUGGAUGACAUCUUCGUGGGCAAGGAGGGCACCCGCAUGAAGGUGUCUGAUGUGGAGGCUUUGCUUAACACACAAAAUAAACUACGAUCACUGGUCCCCAAUUUCACCUUUAACCUGGGGUUCUCUGGAAAGUUCUACUACACAGGGACAGAUGAGGAGGACCGGGGGGACGACAUGCUGCUGAGGCACAGGAAGGAGUUCUGGUGGUUUCCUCACAUGUGGAGCCACAUGCAGCCUCACCUCUUCCACAACGUCACCGUCCUGGCUGAGCAGAUGAGGUUCAACAAGCUGUUUGCGCAGGAACACGGGAUCCCCACAGAUAUGGGGUACGCCGUGGCCCCCCACCACUCGGGGGUGUACCCGGUGCACACCCAGCUGUACGAGGCCUGGAAGUCAGUCUGGGGGAUCCGGGUGACCAGCACUGAGGAGUACCCCCACCUGAGGCCCGCCCGCUACCGCCGCGGAUUCAUCCACAACGGCAUCCAGGUAUUGCCCAGACAAACGUGUGGCCUCUUCACUCACACCAUCUUCUAUAAUGAGUACCCUGGGGGCUCCAAAGAGCUAGACAAGAGCAUCCGUGGGGGGGAGCUGUUCCUCACCGUACUGCUCAACCCUGUCAGCAUUUUCAUGACCCACCUGUCCAACUACGGGAACGACCGACUGGGCCUGUACACCUUUGAAUCCCUGGUGAAGUUUGUGCAGUGCUGGACCAACCUGCGCUUACUCACCCUGCCCCCGGUGCAGCUGGCGGAGAAGUACUUCCAGAUCUUCCCUGAGGAGAGGGACCCCUUGUGGCAGAACCCCUGCCAUGACAAGAGACACAAAGACAUCUGGUCCAAGGAGAAGACCUGUGAUAGACUUCCCAAGUUUCUGGUGAUUGGCCCACAAAAGACAGGUACCACAGCGCUGCACUCCUUCCUGACCCUGCACCCCGCCAUCACCAGCAGCUUUCCCAACCCCAACACUUUCGAGGAGGUGCAGUUCUUCAACAGCCCCAACUACCACCACGGCAUCGACUGGUACAUGGAAUUCUUCCCCUUCCCCUCCAAUGUCAGCACAGACUUCAUAUUUGAGAAAAGCGCCAACUACUUCGACUCGGAGGCCACGCCCAAGAGAGCCGCCGCCCUGCUGCCCCGAGCCAAGAUCCUGGCGGUGCUCAUCAACCCAGCUGACCGAGCAUACUCUUGGUACCAGCACCAGCGUUCGCACCUGGACCCCACAGCCCUUAACCACACCUUCCACCAGGUGGUGACAGCGGGGCCGUCCUCGUCCCCGGAGCUGCUCGCCCUGCGCCGUCGCAGCCUGGCCCCCGGGGCCUACGCCACGCACCUGGAGCGCUGGCUACGUCACUACCCCCCCAGCCAGCUCCUGAUCGUGGACGGGGCCCUGCUGCGCUCCAACCCCGCAGCGGUGAUGGACGGAGUUCAGAAGUUCCUGGGGGUCACACCCCAUUUCAACUACACACAGGCCCUGGUAUAUGACGAGAGCAAGGGCUUCUGGUGCCAGAAACUGGACGGAGGUCGGGCCAAGUGUUUGGGCAAGAGCAAAGGCAGGAAGUACCCAGACAUGACACCAGAGACUCGGGCCUACCUGACGGGGUACUUCAGAGAGCUCAACAUGGACCUGCUGCGGUUACUGAGCCGGCUGGGCCAGGCCCUGCCCGGCUGGCUGAGGGAGGAGCUACAGAGCGGACGCUGGAGCUGAGACCGCACCGGAACCGGAACCGGAACCGGACCGGACCGGACCGGGACCACGCAGCAUCGCGCCGCGAGGCGCACAGCGGGACGGGGCGGGAGCCCGGAGGGAGGUGCCAGGCAGAGGGAGGUUCUGAUCCGCACCAUUCCCCCCGACCCCCCUCACCAACCCGGCGGGGCAGUCCCAUUAACUGGGUGUGGACGAAAGCGGGACCCCCUCUUCGCUGCCGCACAGUAUUGGAGCAAAGGCUCAUGGGAGACUCUGGCCAACUUGUAGAGAGGACUUUGGCGGCAGGAUUCUCAAAUGUAUGGAGAAAAACCUGUGUACUUCAGUCGUCACACUUAUUUUGCGGGGAGGGGGGCGGGGUGGAGCUGUCAGUAGCUCACCAGUUUGACCCAAUCAGUGUGUUUUUAUUUGGAAAGCAGAGUGCUAAUUUGUUCAAGUGAGUCAAUGACUGACACUGACGUUAAGUUCCACCUAUUAAGAGGCUCCAAGACCUCACUUGUUACUAUUUGUCAUUCCUACCAGCUGAUUGGGCAGUGAUAAAAGCCCUACUCUCACCCCUCUAAGCCAACCAAUCAGGGCCUGAGAAGAUGAGAUGCACAAGCUGAUGGCAAGAAAAAGGGACAUGAGCCCAAUGCACCUUUUUAGUAUGUUGUUUUUUGUAGUUUUUAGUUUGAACAGUAAAAGUAUUCAUUUCUACAUCCAUGAUGUAUAUUGAUGUUAAAAGGGUUGAUUAGCAGUAUCAAUAUAGGACUACACAGAAAAACAUUGUAAAACUGAUGUAAAAUUGUACCUUUUUACAAAGCCUGAUGAAGCAGUAGAUCCAGGAAACACAAUAACUACAUCAUCAGAGGAGAAAGUGCGGAAGUGUAGGACGAUGGAAGAUCUGAUCUAUGGAUAUCGAGCAAGUAGAGGACAAUCAAGGAUGGCCUUACAGUACAGGAAAAGAAACACACACACACACACACACACACACACACGGAGCUAUCUGAAGCUGUGUGGGGUUGAAAACUGAGUACUGUACGCACUGAAGUCCCAGAAGGAACGGAUGAGUGAGACUUAACCCAGCUGAUCCGGGAUGAGCCGAUCCGGACUGCCGAGGGGUCGCUCGAAAUCACGCUCCGUCUUUCAUCUUCAUGUUCUCCUAUUAUAUUUUUUUUUACAAAAGAAAAAAAACCAAAAAAAACAAAAACAGUCUCUCAAAAGCAGACUCAGAGCAACCCCGGCAGCUGGGUGAGGUCUGAAUUAAAGGCAGCCAUGUUUCAACAGCG